GGUCUUGUACGCACACAUCUUUAUCAAAACAAGAUGGAAAAGUUACUUUUCUUGCUUCUCUUCUGUCACAUUUCAUCAGCAGUGAAACACUCCCUUAAGUAUUUCAUAACUGCAUCUACUGGAGUCACAAGCAUCCCAGAGCUUGUAGCAGUUGCUUUGGUUGAUGGAGUUUCGAUAGGUUACUGCGACAGCAACAAUAAGGCAGUAGAGCCAAAGCAGGACUGGGUGAAGAAACUUUUGGAACACGAUCCUCAGCACUUUGAGCGAUACAUUGAUGAGUGUUUCAAUUAUCAGCCAAACUUCUUCAAAACCAGGAUUAAUAAUUUGAAGCAGCGCUUCAACCAAAGUGGAGAUGUCCACAUUUUACAGAGGGUGUUGGGCUGUGAGUGGGAUGAUGAAACUGGAGAGGUUAUUGGUGUAUUGCAGUAUGGUUAUGAUGGAGAAGACUUCAUGGCAUUGGACCUGAAAACAUUGACAUGGAUCGCUCCGAAACUACAAUCCUUCACCACCAAACUGAGAUGGGAUUCUGAGAAAGCUAGAAUCAGAUACAAUGAGAAUUACCUCACUGAGAUUUGUCCUGUGUGGCUGAAGAAGUAUGUGACCCUUGCCAAGAGCUCUCUCAUAAGAACAGAGCUUCCCUCAGUGUCUCUCCUCCAGAAGACUCCCUCCUCUCCAGUCACCUGCCACGCUACAGGUUUCUACCCUGACAGAGCCAUGAUGUUCUGGAGGAAAGAUGGAGAGGAGUUUCAUGAGGACGUGGACCACGGAGAGAUCCUCCCCAACCACGAUGAAACCUUCCAGAUGAGCGUUGACCUGAACCUUUCAUCAGUCACACCUGAAGACUGGAGGAGGUACGACUGUGUGUUUCAUCUCUCUGGUGUAGAGGACGACAUCAUCACCAGACUAGACAGAGCAGAGAUCAGGACCAACUGGGAGAAGCCGAGUCACAUGACCGUCCCCAUCACUGCUGCAGUGCUUGUUCUUGCUCUCGUCCUCAUUGCUGUCACUGGCUUCAUCAUUUACCAAAAGAAGAAAGCCAAACGUCCUCCAUCUUGUCCUGACGGCUCUGAGCUCUCUGAUAAACUGAAUCCAGAUCCAUCCACCUGAAUGAUGAACAUACUGACUCUUGUGGGGGGUCAGUACCUACCAAAAGAAGUCAAUGGAAGGAAAAGCGGUGGACUGGCGUCAGGGUCAGGGGCGGCUCAUUGAUG